ACUCUGUGCGCCGCCCGCGCGCGGUGCUUGCCGGGAUUUGGCGCGCGGGGUCGCUUUGGCUGGCCUGUUUCGGCGCUCCGCUGAGAGUCUCUGCUGCUGCCAUGCCGGUCGCGCUUAGCCUCGCGGCCGCCCCGGCUUCGCAAGAGGCGCUGGAGAACGCGGGGCGCCUCAUUGACCGGCAGAUCCAGGAUGGCCGCUGCUACCCGGACCUCUUCGAGCUGCUCUCUGUGCCGGCGCCCAGUAGUCCCACAGUUUCUGGAAUGUCAGAUAUGGAUUAUCCUUUACAAGGACCUGGCUUACUUUCAAUUCCCAAUCUUCCAGAAAUAAGCUCAAUACGGAGAGUUCCUUUACCCCCUGAACUGGUUGAACAAUUUGGACAUAUGCAGUGCAAUUGCAUGAUGGGAGUGUUUCCUGAGAUCAGCAGGGCAUGGCUGACCAUUGACAGUGACAUUUUUAUGUGGAACUAUGAAGAUGGAGGAGACCUUGCUUAUUUUGAUGGCCUCAGUGAAACCAUCCUUGCUGUUGGUCUUGUGAAACCAAAAGCAGGAAUUUUUCAGCCACAUAUACGACAGCUACUGGUUUUGGCUACUCCUGUGGAUAUAGUCAUUCUAGGACUCAGCUAUACUACGUUGCAAUCAGGUUCUGGAGCCCUUAAUGACAGCUUAUCUGGUGGAAUGCAGCUUCUCCCAGACCCCCUUUACUCGCUCCCUACUGACAAUACCUAUCUGCUGACUAUAACCUCUACAGAAAAUGGGCGCAUCUUUUUGGCUGGCAAAGAUGGUUGCUUAUAUGAAGUUGCUUAUCAGGCUGAGGCAGGUUGGUUCAGCCAGCGUUGUAGGAAGAUCAAUCAUUCAAAGAGUACCCUUUCUUUCCUUGUUCCAUCAUUAUUUCAAUUCACAUUCUCGGAAGAUGAUCCCAUUGUUCAGAUUGCCAUUGACAACUCCAGAAACAUCUUAUACACACGCUCUGAAAAAGGUGUGAUACAGGUUUAUGAUUUAGGUACAGAUGGUCAAGGGAUGACAAGAGUGGCUUCUGUUUCCCAGAAUACAAUUGUUACUGCAGCUGGAAGGAUUGCCAGGACCAUCGAUCGCUCUGUGUUCAAGCCUAUUGUCCAGAUAGCAGUGAUUGAAAGUUCUGAAUCGAUAGAUUGUCAGUUACUGGCAGUCACUCAUGCAGGUGUACGAAUGUAUUUUAGUACAUGCCCAUUCAAAUAUGCUUUUGCUCGACCUUCAACAUUAACACUGGUACACAUCCGCCUACCCCCAGGAUUUUCUGCUGCUUCUAAUGUGGAAAAGCCCUCAAAGGUGCACCGAGCUCUUUAUAGCAAAGGUGUUCUGCUAAUGGCUGCUUCAGAAAAUGAAGAUAAUGAUAUCCUGUGGUGUAUUAAUCAUGAUGCUUUCCCUUUCAAAAGACCAAUGAUGGAGACUCAAACUACCACAUCUGUUGAUGGGCAUUCUUGGGCUCUUUCUGCAAUUGAUGAGCAGAAAGUUCAGAAGAUUAUAACACCAUUGAACAAAGACCUAAUUCCUAUAACUGACUAUCCAGUAGUUGUGCAACAGCACAUGCUGCCUCCAAAGAAAUUUGUACUCCUUUCGGCACAGGGAAGUUUUAUGUUUCAUAAACUCAGACCAGUAGAUCAGCUGCGACAUCUCUUUGUGUGCAAUGCAGGAGGUGACGGAGAAGAGAUUCAAAGAUUUUUCAAACUGCACCAGGAAGAGCAGGCUUGUGCAACUUGCCUUAUCCUUGCCUGCUCUGCUGCUGCUUGUGAUCGAGAAGUAUCUACUUGGGCUACUCGAGCAUUUUUCAGGUAUGGUGGAGAAGCACAGUUACGGUUUCCAUCUGUUCUGCCUCCCCCAAGUAAUGUCGGAUCUAUAUUGGGCUCUCCUGUCCUACAUGGUUCCCCUAUGCCUUCUGGUAGCCCCUACCCUAAUCCAAGCUUUUUGGGAACACCAAUGCAAGGUUUACAGCCUCCCACUAUGUCAACUCCAGCGUUUGCUUCUGGCAGUCACAUGUCUCAGCCUGGUGCUUCAGUUAGUGGAGUCAUGGGCCCAGAGAUUGUGUUUUCCGGAAAGCAUAAUGGCAUCUGCAUUUAUUUCUCUCGAAUUAUAGGGAAUAUUUGGGAUGGAAGUAUAGUUGUGGAACGGGUUUUCAAGAGUGGCAACCGAGAAGUUGUAGCUGUUGAAAGCAGUGUGCCAACACAAGUGCUGGAAUCGGUGCUACAAGAAUUAAAAGGGCUACAAGAAUUUUUGGAUAGGAAUUCACAGUUUUCAACAAUAGGAGCCCUUAGAAAUCCUGGUUUCACCACUCCAGCUAACCUGCAGCAGCGGUUACUUGGAUUAAUGCGGCCUGAUGGUGGAAGUUCUCAGCAAGUACAGCAAGAGCUCCAAAGAAAGUUUCAUGCAGAGGCACAAUUAGCUGAGAAGGCUUCUCUACAAGGCAUCCAGCAGCUUGUUCGUAAGACCUGCCAGGCUCUGGCACUGUGGAAACUUCUUUGCGAGCACCAGUUCAAUAUUGUAGUUGGUGAGCUUCAGAAGGAAUUUCAAGAACAUCUGAAGGUUACUACUUUUAGAGACUUGGUAAUUAGAGACAAAGAGCUGACUGGAGCCCUCAUUGCCUCUCUUAUCAACUGCUAUAUCAGAGACCAUGCUGCCGUAGAUGGCAUCAGUUCACAUUUACAAGACAUCUGCCCGCUGCUCUACAGCACAGAUGAUGCGGUCUGUUCAAAGGCAAAUGAACUACUUCAGAGGUCCCGACAAGUUCAAAACAAAUUGGAAAAGGAGAAGAUGCUAAGAGAGUCAUUGAAAGAGUAUCAAAAGAUUAGUACACAGGUGGAUCUUGCCAAUGUUUGUGCACAGUAUAGGCAAGUGCGUUUCUAUGAGGGUGUGGUAGAACUUUCUCUCACUGCUGCAGAGAAGAAGGAUCCCCAAGGCCUUGGGCUCCAUUUCUACAAAAAUGGUGAACCAGAAGAGGAUGUCGUUGGGUUUCAGGCUUUCCAAGAGAGAUUAAACAGCUACAAAUGCAUCACAGAUACUCUACAGGAGCUAGUCAACCAGAGUAAAGCUGCGCCUCAGUCUCCCAGCGUGCCCAAAAAGCCUGGACCUCCUGUCUUGUCACCUGACCCCAACAUGCUGAGCAACGAAGAAGCAGGGCAUCAUUUUGAACAAAUGCUAAAAUUGGCACAGCGUUCCACAGAUGAACUUUUUAGUAUUGCUCUUUACAGUUGGCUCAUCCAAGCCGAUCUCUCAGAUAAGCUACUGCAGGUCAGUUCUCCCUUUCUGGAACCAUAUUUGGCACGUAUGGCCAAAGUGGAUCAGAACAAAGUUCGCUAUAUGGAUCUGUUGUGGCGUUUUUUUGAGAAAAAUAGAAGCUUCAGCAAUGCAGCCAGAGUGCUGGCAAAACUCGCAGACAUGCACAGCACUGAGAUUUCACUUCAGCAGCGUCUUGAAUACAUUGCACGUGCCAUUUUGAGUGCUAAAAGUUCCACGGCCAUAUCACCAAUAGCAGCAGAUGGUGAAUUUUUACAUGAAUUGGAAGAGAAAAUGGAAGUUGCCAGGAUACAGUUUCAGAUACAAGAAGCGUUACAGCGCCAGUGUUCCCAUCAUUCCUCAGUGCAAGAUGCAAUUUCCCAGCUGGAUUCUGAGUUGAUGGAAAUAACCAAGCUUUAUGGGGAAUUUGCUGACCCAUUCAAACUCUCUGAAUGUAAGCUGGCCAUUAUACAUUGUGCUGGUCUUUCAGACCCGAUUUUGGUGCAGACCCUUUGGCAAGAAAUAAUUGAGAAAGCUCUGAGUGAUAGUGUGGCUAUGAGUGCGGCUGACAGGAUGCAUGCUCUAAGCCUGAAGAUGAUCAUGCUUGGCAAAAUCUAUGCUGGGACACCUCGCUAUUUUCCUUUAGAUUUCUUAGUGCAGUAUCUAGAACAGCAAGUUUGUUCUUUGAAUUGGGACGUGGGAUUUGUAACUUACACAAUGCAAGAAAUUGGUGUGCCACUGCCAAGACUUCUUGAAGUAUACGAUCAGUUAUUCAAAGCACGGGACCCAUACUGGAGCAAAAUGAAGAAGCCUUUACACCUUUUGGAAUGCAUUCAUGUAUUAUUAUCAGGAUAUGUGCAAGACCCUAACAGAGUGGCUGCCUUUGAAAGACGACGAUUCACAAAUAUCUGCCUGGAUGCUGUUAGUGGUUAUCUUGUGGAACUGCAGUCUAUAAGUCCAACACUAGCUGUACAGACCAUCACGGGCAACUUUAAAUCUCUACAGGCUAAAUUAGAGCGGCUUCAUUGACUACAAUGAUACACAACUGUCCAGGUGGAAUGAACUGUCGCUGCACUGGACUCUGAAAAGGCAAAUGUUUGUAAAGAAGCGGGUGGGGGGUGGGGGAGAUAAUCAAGCUCCUGCUGAAAUAGUUGGAUGAUUAUACUUCUGGGUUCUUAACAAACCUUGCAUAUAACAUAAUGUACAAAGUGUGGUUCUUUUUUUCUUUUUUUUUUUACUCCUGCCAAACUUUCUAAUAGUAAAAAAGUUUUAUAUGCUUUGGAAUAAGAUGCAUUGUAUCAUCUUGCAAUUAAAAUUAUUUGUAAAAUGGUU